GGCAGGCACCAUUGGUUAUUUCCUGAUAUCAAGAAACUUCCGGAAUACAUGUCUGCGCACGCACCAUAUCGUCCAGAGCGAGUCGAAUGGUUUCAUUUCUGUGCCUGUAAAUGAAAGUGUGAUUGGAUUUUUUUACAAUAUGAGGUCUGACUCCCUGUAGACUGUGAUGGCUCCAGGCGACAUGGUGCCGGAGCAUGCCAAGCAGCAUAAGCUCAAGCAGAAGAAGGAGAACCGUCAGAGCACCACCACCACCACCAGGCCCGAUGGAGACUCUGAGCCUGACGGAUCCUUUGUCUUUGAAGCCUAUGAGGCAUGGAAGGACUUCCACGACUCCCUGAGGCAGUUCUACGAAGUGGGGGAGCUCUGUGAUGUCACACUGAAGGUUGGCAGCAGGCUGAUACCAUGCCACAAGCUGGUGCUGGCUUGUGUCAUCCCUUACUUCAGGGCCAUGUUCCUGUCCGAGAUGUCCGAGGCCAAACAGGACCUGAUUGAGAUCAAGGACUUUGACGGAGAUGCCAUCCACGACCUGGUGCGUUUCGCCUACUCCUCCCGUCUGACCCUGACAGUGGACAACGUACAGCCCCUCCUCUACGCAGCCUGUAUCCUGCAGGUAGAGUUGGUAGCCAGAGCCUGCUGUGAGUACAUGAAGGCCCACUUCCACCCCUCCAACUGCCUGGCUGUCCGCACCUUUGCCGAGAGCCACAACCGCGUCGACCUGAUGGACAUGGCAGAUCGCUACGCUUGCGAGCACUUCCGGGAAGUGGUGGACUGUGAGGACUUCCCGUGCGUGUCACCUCCUCACCUGAGAACCCUGUUGUCCUCCAGUGAUCUGAACAUUCACUCUGAGACUCAGGUGUACACCGCUGCUGUCAAGUGGUUGAAGAAUAACCCUCAACACCACGAGGCCUGGCUGCAGCAGAUCAUGACUCAGGUGCGUCUCCCCUUGCUCCCAGUAGACUUCCUGACGGCCACGGUGGCCAAAGAGGAGAUGAUCAGGGGGAACCUGAGCUGCAGAGAUCUUCUGGAUGAGGCCAGGAACUAUCACCUGCACCUCAGCAACAAGGUGGUCCCGGACUUUGAGUAUUCAGUCAGAACAACGCCUAGGAAACACACUGCAGGUGUGUUGUUCUGUGUGGGUGGGCGGGGUGGUUCUGGUGACCCGUUCCGCAGCAUCGAGUGUUACUCCAUCAGCAAGAACAGCUGGUUCUUUGGACCUGAGAUGAACAGUAGGAGACGACAUGUUGGAGUCAUCUCUGUAGGAGGUAAAGUGUAUGCAGUAGGGGGGCAUGAUGGUAGUGAACACCUGGGCAACAUGGAGAUGUUUGAUCCUCUCACUAACAAGUGGAUGAUGAAGGCUUCCAUGAACACUAAGAGAAGGGGCAUAGCUCUAGCAGCUCUGGGAGGUCCUAUCUAUGCCAUCGGAGGCCUAGAUGACAACUCGUGCUUCAACGACGUGGAGAGAUACGAUAUCGAGAGCGACCGCUGGACUGCUGUGGCGUCCAUGAACACACCCAGAGGAGGGGUGGGCUCUGUGGCCUUAGGGAGUCAUGUGUACGCUGUGGGAGGUAACGACGGUGUGGCCUCUCUGUCCAGUGUGGAGAGGUUUGACCCCCACCUCAACAAGUGGACAGAGGUCAGGGAGAUGGGCCAGAGACGAGCAGGGAAUGGAGUCAGUGAGCUGAACGGGUGCCUCUAUGUCGUGGGCGGUUUUGAUGACAACUCCCCGCUGAGUUCCGUGGAACGUUUGGACCCCCGUCUGUGUCGCUGGAACUACGUCUCUGAGCUGACCACGCCCCGAGGCGGAGUGGGCGUGGCCACGGUCAUGGGUCGAGUGUUCGCAGUCGGUGGCCACAACGGAAACAUUUAUCUUAACACUGUGGAGGCCUUCGACCCCCGUAUGAACAGAUGGGAGCUGGUGGGGUCUGUCUCUCACUGCCGGGCAGGAGCAGGAGUGGCCGUCUGUUCCACUCACAUCAGCCAGAUCAGAGAUGUGGGCCAGGGCUCCAGCAACGUGGUGGACUGCAUGUGACCGCUGUCUGACCGCAGGCUGACCCGGGAAAACUGCACAAGAUCAGACGUGCACAGAACAGCACCCCAUCCCACGCACAGCCACAAGCACUCAAUCACACUGCACCGGACACUGACUAGGAGCAGCUGUCCUUGAAGCAGCACUUCCCUUUAGCACUGAUUGUAAUGUAACCAGUCUCACUAUGUUAGGUGGUGUGCAUUGUUAUUAUUCAGCUGAAGACACUUCUCUGACUGAACCUUAUCAGUGGAGAACUGAUCUACAAACAAUCCAUAUAUUUUCUCUUUUUGUGACGUUUGCAGAUGCAAUUCAGUGAUUGGUGUAAUUUAGAAACAAUUAUAGAUUUUCUUUGCGUUUUGACUGCUUUGGAACUUUAUCGAAGGAAAAUGGCUGACUGAUCGUUGCGCUUUAGAUGUCUCAUUAGACAGGCCUUGCAUAUCAACUUGUAUAUUUUUAAGUACCUAUGCUCUGUCAGACCUCACUUUCACAAUCAUCACUGUCUGAACUGAGAGAUCUUCCUAUGGUUCCCAGCAGUCUCUCACGUAUAAAACAGUAUGAGAGAGAGCACUGUGAAGUAUGGACAGUAUCUGGAGGCUGGAAAGCUGUGAUGUAAAGACUCUGAACAGAACAGUGUUUGGGAUAAAAAUAAAUAUAUAAAUAAAUAUAAAAAUCUGACAUUCUAUCAUUCUAUUGACUCACACAUAGACAUAGAGGAUUUCAGGGCUUUCAUUCAGAUCCAUCCGCUGUAGACUCUGUGAUGCUGAAACCGCUUUCGUGUUAGCAUUAGCCAGCUGUAGCCUGUAUUUGCGUUUUAAACAAUCAUUCAGACUGAUUCUAAUUGAGUUUAAUCUAUGGCGGACUUUGGCAGAGUUGGACUAAAUUGUGAAGCAAUAAGAGGUUGAUAUCUCAGUUACCAGGCUGAACGUGUGCAGUUUUGAGAUGACUGAGGGACUAGUGAUAACUCUCAGGACAGACAGUCUAGUGUCUUAGCAGAAUGCUAACCCUCAUACUCUCUGUGUUCUACUCAAAGAUGGCUGGGUUUGUCAGUAAACAAGUGUGCUUUCAGACGUGUGAAGAGCUGAAUCCUCUAUCUGCCAAAUGAUUCCGAUUUUAUAUUUUUAUAUUAGGAAGUUUUUAUGAAAUCAGUGCUUAUCUUUGGUGUUGUUUUCUACUGUCUUGUCUUGGACUUGUUGUUGUGCACUAUCUUCCUAGAGUUGUCAGGGGUUUCACUAUAUUUUGUCCUAUGGAAAUGUUAAUGCUAUUUUCAACAUGUUUUGACAGUGAGUGUCUGCUCUUUUUUUUUUUUUUGAGGCCUUGUGUUUAAAGAUUUUUCCUCAACCUUAUUUUGUUGUGACGACUCCUGGUCAAUUCAAGGCCUUUCAGGUAAUUCUGGAUUUGAUUGUAAGACUGUUGUUGGUCAACAGAUUGACCCAAUACUUUGAUUUAGAAAUACACAUGUUUGACGAGAUGAUAUGCAUUAGGAAAACAUGCUCUUUCCAUUACAUAGACUAGGUGAAUCCAGGUUAAAGCUAUGAUCCCUUGUUGAUGUCACUUGUUAAAUCCACUUCAAUCAGUGUAGAUGAAGGGGAUGAGACCUGGUUAAAGAGAGAUUUUUGAGACAUAGAUUGUGUAUGGGUGCCAUUCAGAGGAUGAAUGGACAAGACAAAAGAUUUAAUGGGGCAAGCCGGAUGUGCCUUUGACCGGGUUAUGGUAGUAGGUACCAGGUGCACCAGUUUCAGUGUCAAGAACUGCAAAGCUGCCGGGUUUUUCACGCUCAACAGUUUCCUGUGUGUAUCAAGCAUGGCCCAUCACCCAAAGGACAUCCAGCCAACUUGACACAACUUUUAAGAAGCACUGGAGUCAACAUGGGGGCCAGCAUCCCUGCGGAACGCUUUGGACACCUUGUAGAGUCCACGCCCCGAAGAAUUGAGGCCGUUCUGAUGGUCCUUAAUGUUCUGUACACUCCAUUAUAUGCAUAUUGAAUUGUUGCACCAUUGGUUUGUUGUAUCCUACAAUAGAACUGUAAUACCUCUGGUGUGUCAUACUGUACACCAGGGGUGUGUAGUGACUUGCCAACCGUAAUAUAGAACGUAUAGAAUGUACGUUGUAAGUUCAUGCUUUUGUAAAUGUGUUGCUAUUGGUUCAGAUGAAUGCUGUGUCUUUUGCAUUGUAUUUUAUACAGCUAAAGUCUUCAUUUUGUUGAUGUUACUAUAAUAAAUGUGUCAUUAUUUGUUUU